GCCACACCCGGAAGCGCUGCACACUCUCGCACUCGCCUCUCUACCGCCUUCUUCUGGCGCACAGGAGUUUAACUUCUGUUUUUUCAUAUGGGCAACUUAUUGACGUUAACCGUUCAUCGAUAAUCGAUUCGCGUUUUCAGAAGUGGUUUCGGUUUCAUUUCGUUUUUCGCGGUACCGCAAGCGAAGGCUGAGCAGCGCGUGUGCAGAGCCGCAGUCAGCUAGUGACAUUGACACGUUAGUGUUGUUGUGUUGCUGUGCACAAGUUGAUGUGUGUGCGGUAUCGUUCGGCUCCCGGAGCGCUUCUCCUGCGUUUCCCCCAACGUCUGCUACCAUGAGCGAAUACUUCAGCCUGUCGGACAGUGAUGUUAUCGGCUUCGACCUGGACCACACGCUCUGCCGCUACCAUCUGAAGGAGACCUCCAGGCUGAUCUAUGAGAGCUUUGCCAGGUAUCUGGUGGAGCAUAAAGGCUAUGACAAGGACCUGCUGAACCUAACCCCUGCUACCUGGGAUUUCUGUUUUAAAGGACUGGUGGUGGAUCUGGAGGAUGGAAACCUUGUGAAGCUGGCUGAGGAUGGAACUGUCUUGCGAGCUACACAUGGAUCCAAUGACCUCAGCACAGAAGACAUCAUCAAACAUUAUGGUCCAAAGAGGGAGUGGAAGCACUUCAACAGCCUCAAUACCUCCUUCACAAGAUCUGCAAAAUACUAUUUCUAUGACAACUACUUUGAUCUACCUGGGGCUCUCCUCUGUGGAAGAGUUGUGGACAUGUUACGCAAGCGAGGAAAUGAGGUGAAUUCCGACUUUUGGAAAGACAUGGUUGCUGCCAUCGAUCACAAUUACAACACAUCUGCAUUCAAAGGUACACCUUUUACUUCAAAGCAGCACAGUAUAUUGCUUAUUUCUAUGUCUUCUUGUCAAGGACCCAUACUGUGAAUAAAAACAACACACAACACACGGGAUAUUUUUCUUUUUCAAACUAUAAGUUUUAUUCUGUGUUUUGGUCAGUAAGUGGUACAUAACUUAACACAUCCAAUGGGACAUAGCUGUUUUGAAAAAAAAAAAAAUGCAGUUUUAAUUUCUCAAUCUGUGUUUUGCUGAUCACAGUGCUUGUGAGAAUGUACUGAUCUCUAAUAACAUAUAAUGCAUGAGUAUUAGAGAUAACAGUUUAGUGUGUUUUGUGUUUGUAUAUUACAGAAAAAUUCUUAAACAACAGACAUUAAUAAAAUCAAACACAAAUAAAAGACGUGCUGUAAAUGUUACAGGCAGUUGUAAAGCACCACUUAAGAUUCCUUCCAAUAUUGUUUCAUGUUUCUUAGAACUACAAAGACACACACGGUGAAGGGGGGAAUUUGGACCAUAUAUUUAAAAAUGUUUACUUAUUAUUGUAAAGAUUUGAAUGGCAGUUAAACUUGUUAAACUUACAACCAUAUAUUGUUUCAAUCUACAAUCUAAAUUUGGAAUUUAGUAGUAGUUCAAUGUUUCGUAUGGUUUUGAGUUUUUUUUUGAAUUCGUGAAAUCACGUUGAGGCAAUCAAGAACCCAGAGAAUGCGCAGUGAACAUUAUCUGCUGCAAAUAUGCCAUUACUCUCCUCAUCGGGGACCUGGACAUAGACUCUGUCACCGCCAUCCAACAUAAGAACAGUACUGCCUGACAUCUGAUCCAGGAAGCCUUUGUUGUACUCAUCAUAGGUGAACAUAACUGGCUCCUCGUUUUUGUAGAGGGCCACCAGUGCAUUGGCACCAUUGACGUGCACGUGAUAGCUGAAAUAGUAGAGGCCUGGGAUCUGGCAGGUAAACACACCACUGUGAUCAUCAUAAUGGUGCUCCCCAUUGUACAGAACCUGGUUGAACUGAAUAGGGGUUGCAGCUGGUGGGUAGGCUCUGGUCAGCACAGCACUGAAGGCAGACAUGGGGGCCUUCACCAUCUCAUGAGACAUCAUAACCUCGUGGGACUUGAUUGGCAUGCUCUUCUCAUCGUGGUAGACCAUCUCUCCUGGUUGGCCAGGAGGACCAGGAGGACCGGCAGGCCCUGGGUGACCAUCUUGACCUCUGGCACCAGGAAUUCCAGGUGGACCCUCAGGACCAGAAAUUCCCUUAGCUGUCAAGCCAGCUGGGCCAGGUGAGCCUGGAAGACCUGGAUGGCCCUGAAGUCCAGAGGGACCUGAUGGCCCGGGUGGCCCAACUGGUCCCAUAGAUCCUGGCCUUCCGUUCUCACCACUUUUUCCUGGUCCUCCUGAGUGGCCUGUGUUUCCUUUGAGUCCUGGGGCACCAUUUGCACCUGGGAUUCCUGAGGGACCAGCAUGGCCUUGUACACCCUUUUGACCUUGAGGACCAUUAUGCCCUGGAGCUCCUGGAGCACUUACUGCCCCUGGGGAACCUGGUUUUCCAGUGAAACCUUGAGCUCCCUGUUCACCCUUGGUUCCCCUUGGGCCUGGCGUGCCUACCAUACCAGUGUCGCCUUUGGGUCCUUGUGGGCCUCCCUCACCCUGAAAUCCUCUUGCACCCUGUGGACCAGCUUGGCCAUUAGGACCAGAAGCACCUGGCUGACCAGUAAAACCAGUUGGGCCUGGCUCUCCUUUCUGACCAGUGGUUCCUGGAGUACCGGUGGCUCCUCUACUACCAGGUAUUCCAGUUUCGCCUGAUUUGCCAACACCUGGCAUGCCAGGGGAGCCUGGCUGACCAGCUGGACCAUGUGGACCUUUAGAACCCAUAGGUCCAGGCAUACCUGGGCUACCAUUCUGGCCUGGUUUCCCUGAUGCUCCUAUACCUGGAGCCCCAGUGUGACCCUUUGGUCCUGUCAUACCCAUUGACCCAGGAGCGCCAUCUCUUCCUGGCACACCACCCUUGCCAGGUUCUCCGGGAUAGCCAGUGGCACCAGGCAUACCAACUCCAGAUUUGCCAGGCAUUCCAGAUGGGCCCAUUGGUCCAACUGCGCCUUGAUGUCCUUGAACCCCAGGAACUCCAAUGCCUCUUUCUCCUUUGGUCCCAGGAAGACCAGGAAUACCAGGAUGUCCCUUCAAACCAGCCUCGCCUCUUUGUCCCACUGACCCAGGGAAGCCAGAUGGUCCAGGUUUUCCACUUGAAGAAAUUCCAGCAGGUCCAGGUGAUCCAUACGGACCAGGUGCACCUCUGGCACCCAUUGGUCCAGUUGCGCCAGGUUCGCCUUUAUGACCAGGGAUGCCAGAGCUACCUGGUUUUCCAUGGCCACCUGGGGAACCGGGUUUACCAGCUUGAGAGUAGCCAGGGGGCCCGGGAGGACCUGCAGGGCCUUGUUGUCCAGUAUGUCCUAUACCACUCGUUCCAGGAGGUCCAGAUGGCCCCAUUGGUCCUUCCUCACCUGGAGGACCUGGAGGACCUGGGUGGCCUGUAACAGCUAGGGAAUACAUAAAUACAGACACGUGAUAUAAUUACUCCGAUUUUAUAUACAACACAAGUCGUAGCGUGUCAUGUAUUUUUCUUUGAUCAAUUUGGUUAAGUUUGAUGUUUAUAAAUGGAUUAAGGCAGGGGUCUCAAACUCCUGGCUCGCGGGCCGAAUCCGGCCCGCCACAUCAUUUUAUGUGGCCCGCGAAU